AUGGAGGAAAUGGCAAUAUUUUUACAUGGAAGUAUCUUUGGACCACAUACACAGUCUGAACUUUGCUUUGCAGACAUCCACGGCAGCGACGGGAGUUCGAGCAGUAGCCAGCAGAACCCCAAGAGCACAGCCAAAUGGGCGGCCUCUCUGGAGAAUCUGCUUGAAGACCCAGAAGGCGUGAAAAGAUUUAGGGAAUUUUUAAAAAAGGAAUUCAGUGAAGAAAAUGUUUUAUUUUGGCUAGCAUGUGAAGACUUUAAGAAAACACAGGAUAAGAAGCAGAUGCAGGAAAAGGCAAAAGAGAUCUACAUGACCUUCCUGUCCAGUAAGGCCUCAUCCCAAGUCAAUGUCGAGGGGCAGUCCCGGCUCAAUGAGAAUAUACUGGAAGAACCACACCCACUGAUGUUCCAGAAACUCCAGGACCAGGUAACCUGA